ACAUAAACUCCCACCCGCUCCAUCCGAACGACGCCUUCGGUGGCAAGUUAAGUGACCGAGGCUAUUUUCGUUUACGUGCCUUGCGAGAUGCAGGUUAAGGAAGCUUGAAGAGCAAAUACAAUGGGAGAUGUAGUAAAACCUUGUCCGGUUAAUCAAAAUAAAGAACACGGAAAUGUAGACGGUGGUGACGAUGUUGAGUAUGGAACAGUCCCCCCACGACAGAACUCUUUACGUCUGGACGACUGGGAUGGCGGACAGAACGCUAAACCAGAGAAAGCCUCUCUGAAAAAAAAGGGAACCCCAGGGAACCAUGGGAACAGCAGAGGACCACCCAAUAGAGCGAGCAGCCCGGUCGCGUUGAAAAACGAGAGCCUCCACCUAGGAGCCAGGGUAAACGACAGCCCAAAAGAUCGAGGUAGUGGAAGUUCGGACAACGGGAGAGACUUUAAAGGUGGAGUCGGGGUCCCCGCGGGAAGCCAGCCAAGAACAGAUUCCGUUCACGAAGGCGAAGAUGGCAGAGGAUGCAAGAGCGGAAGGCGGCAGCUGCUGAAAGACCCAGCAACUAUAGAAUUGUCAGAAGUGCCAACAGGAGGGUCUGAAAACAAGAAGCAGAGGAAGGCUCGCAAGUCGAGACGAAGCCGAAAAGAAGAGUGUGAUCCGGAGGAGGAGAUGGAAGGGCCCGUCAUAGAUGAGUCCAUGCUGUCCGUGAAGGAACUCCUGGGCUUACAACAGGCCGAAGAGAGGCUGAAACAAGAUUGUAUCGACAGGCUGAGAAGGCGUCCGCGAAACUGCCCAACGGCCAAGUACACCUGCAAGCUCUGCGAUGUCCUAGUCGAAUCCAUCGCUUACGCUCAUAAGCAUAUUAAAGAGAAGAGGCACAAGAAGAACAUUAAGGAGAAGCAAGAGGAACGACUGCUUACCACCUUACCUCCUCCAACACCAUCCCAGAUAAAAGCCAUUGGGGUUGCGAUUGACAAAGUAGUCGAGGAGUUUGGUUUAAGUGAAGAAGACUUGGAGCGAAGACUGGAAAUCAAAUGCGUCAUGGAAAACCUGUUGAAGCAGAAGUUGCCAGGUUGUUCCUUAAGACUAUAUGGCUCCUCUUGCAGCAGAUUUGGUUUCAAAGAUUCGGACAUAAACAUCGAUAUCCAAUAUCCGGCUAGUAUGGCCCAGCCAGAUGUUCUCUUACGUGUUCAAGAAAGUUUAAAGCACAGCGAGUCUUUUGUUGAUGUGGAUGCGGAUUUCCAUGCUAGGGUGCCAGUCGUGCUGUGCAGAGAAAAGCAAAGCACACUCCUCUGCACUGUGAGCGCGGGGAACGAAAGUGCUUAUCUGACCACAAACCUCUUGACUCAACUCGGAAAGUUGGAACCUAACCUGGUCCCUUUGGUGAUCGCCUUCAGACGCUGGGCAAAGUUGUGUUCCACGGAUCGGCCAGAAGAAGGAAGUUUACCGCCGUAUGUGUUCGCUUUGAUGGCCAUUUUCUUCCUCCAGCAAAGAAGUGAGCCUGUGCUGCCGGUAUACUUGGGAUCUUCGAUCGGAGGAUUCUCAGUAAACAAAUUAGUGGACUUUAACCUUCAGGAAGUUGAAAAUAAUGCUGUGAUUUGGGAGCACACCAUUGCAGUGGGCGAUGCUGACUCUCCGAAGGAAGCUGCUCCAAAGGAAAACUUGCUUAAAAGGGGCAAGGCUCCCUUGGUUUUUGAGGAAGAACGCCGGUGUGUGGUGCCAGUUGGCCAACUUUGGGUGGAAAUGCUACGCUUCUACGCCCUGGAAUUUAAUUUGGCCGAAUUGGUCAUCAGUAUCCGCGUGAAAGAAACGAUAUCCCGUGAAUUGAAGGACUGGCCCAAGAAACGCAUUGCUGUGGAAGACCCUUACUCCGUUAAGAGGAAUGUGGCAAGAACUCUCAACAGUCAACUUGUGUAUGAAUACAUCCUUCACUGUCUGAGGUCAACCUACAAAUACUUCGCCCUCCCGCACAGAAGACCGACCAAAACCUCCCCCAGAUCCCCCCUGAACGUGGAUUCAGAUGACCCUUCUCCAGCUCCGGAAUACUCCCCGAGUGGCACGGAGCCCGACCCCUCCAGGAAAGCGAGAUGUGAACUGCCGGCGUCCUUGGUUUGGAGCAACUGCUUCCAGCCUUUGGAUCUGGCCGCGAUGGAGCAGGAUCGCAGAGAUGGCUACGGAAGUCUGACCAAGGAGGAGCCGGGAGCCAGCCCGGAGGACUCCGACUGUGUCGUCGAAGAGGUCAUCUCGGAGGAGGCUGUGGACACCAGACCACCCCACGAGACCCCCGCAAGAUGGGAUGGCGAAGAAGGGGAGAAGGACCAGGGAGCAGAGGAGCAGAAACAGCCGAUGGCCGGCAAUCCGGCUCUAUCCAAUGGCGGGGAGAGCCAGGAGCCGCUGGCUCCGCCCGAGGAGCCAGACCCGGAGGCGGACGGCAUCUCCGACCCAGAGGGUUUUCAGAAGGUUCCGGCCCCGGCGGAGAACGACGAAUUUGGCCCCCUGGACGACAAGGCUGACGGCGACGAGGAGAGCGCCGAGGAAACGGAUGAACCGGACCAUCCCCUCUGCGGAGGGGCCCCUCCCCCACGAGGCCAGGCCCGGGAAGUCACCAACUGGGAGGAGGAAGAGGAGGAGGAAGAGGAGGAGGAGGAAGAGGAGAGGGAGGAGGAGGAGGAGGAAGAGGAGGAGGAGGAAGGAGAACCUCGCCUUGCCGGGAACCAGAGAGAGGCCGGGACUGACAGGACGGUAGCUGACAAGCUGGACGGUACUGACGCUGGAUCUGGGAUGGAGGAUGCCCUGUUUGGACACGGAGAUUUGGAAGAACUUAGAAAGGCUACAGAUGAGUACCUGCAGUUGGAACUAGAGAACGACCUUUAUUGGGAAAACGACUACUUCUGGGAGGACGGGUUUCUGCCGAUCAUUGAGGAUGGAGACUACGAUCUCUACUACGAGUUCAGUAAACUGGCCUUCACCAAGGGCAAGGUACCUACAGUUGUUUGCAGUUUAUGCAAAAGGGAAGGUCACUUGAAGAAGGACUGUCCUGAGGACUUCAAAAAAGCCAAGCUGGAUCCUUUACCGCCGCUAACACCCAAAUUUUCCAACAUCUUAUCUCAAGUGUGCAUCCAGUGUUUCAAGGACUUUGCUCCAGUUACUUUAGAAGAUCAAGCCCGUGAAAAUAUCCGGCAGAACCUAGAAUCUUUCAUCAGACAGGAGUUUCCAGGAACUAAAUUGAGCUUGUUUGGCUCCUCCAAAAAUGGAUUUGGGUUCAAACAAAGUGACCUUGACAUCUGUAUGACAAUUGAUGGACUUAAAACGGCUGAGACGCUGGAUUGCAUAAGAACUAUUGAAGAGCUAGCAAGAGUCCUCAAGAAGCAUUCAGGCCUGAGGAACAUACUACCCAUUACAACAGCCAAGGUGCCGAUUGUCAAGUUCUUCCACGUUCGAAGUGGCCUGGAAGUGGAUAUCAGUUUGUACAACACAUUGGCCCUCCACAAUACAAGACUUUUGUUUGCUUAUUCGGCCAUCGACCCCCGAGUGAGAUAUCUGUGCUACACCAUGAAAGUAUUUACCAAGAUGUGCGACAUCGGCGAUGCGUCUAGAGGCAGUUUGUCCUCCUAUGCCUACACUCUUAUGGUGCUAUAUUUUCUGCAGCAGAGAAAACCACCGGUUAUUCCUGUUCUUCAAGAGAUCAGCGACGAGGAAGAAAGCCCUGAAAUCCUAGUAGAUGGCUGGGACACUUACUUUUUUGACCAGAUAGAUAAACUGCCAGACUACUGGCCAGAUUAUGGAAAAAAUACCGAGUCUGUUGGCGAGCUGUGGUUGGGCCUUCUUCGUUUCUACACCGAGGAAUUCGAUUUUAAAGAACAUGUCAUUUGCAUCAGGACGAAAAGUCUCCUUACAACUUUCAAGAAGCAGUGGACCUCAAAGUACAUCGUCAUCGAGGAUCCCUUUGAUCUCAACCACAACCUUGGAGCUGGACUCUCCAGAAAAAUGACCAAUUUUAUAAUGAAGGCUUUCAUUAAUGGUAGAAGACUGUUUGGUACUCCAGUCAAGGGAUUUCCUAAAGACUAUUACUCAAAAAUGGAGUAUUUCUUCGAUCCGGAAGUCCUGACCGAAGGGGAGCUGGCACCCAAUGACAGGUGCUGCCGGAUUUGCGGCAAAAUCGGGCACUUUAUGCGAGACUGCCCUCUGCGGAGAAAGUUGAGGCGGCGGCGGGAUCACGAAGACCCCAAAAGCCAGCGGUGCCCCGACAAUAAAGAGAAGACGGUCCAAGAGGACCAAGAAGCUCAGAGCAAGAUUGUUGAGAAAGAGCCGUCGGUGAAGGAGGGCCAGGCUCAGCAGAAACCCAGGCAGAGCCGGGGCGGGCCGGAAAUGGGAAAGGACAAGAUGCCCCGGCAGUUGACCGAGAAGUGGAAGCGACAGGAAGACAAAGAGCUGAGAGAGAAGCGCUGCUUCAUCUGUGGGAGAGAAGGCCACAUUAAGAAAGACUGCCACCUGUUAAAAGGCAUCACAAGUUUUUGCGCAGCAGAUGGUCUUCAGGGACCCCUGCUCUCUUCUAGCCCUUUGAAACCAACUGGCAAAUUCAGUCAGGCAAUGCAGGAAGACAAAAAGAAGCAAAAAGCCAAGUUGUCUGUGAGUCCCCAGUCAGGAAGCCUUCCCAAUAAAUACAUGACUCAGGGAAAAGCCUCACCGAAGAAGACGCAACUAGAAUUCUGAGGGAGCCGGCACCCGCGUCGGAUUUGGGAUUGAAGCAUCCGAGGUCCCCGGGCCGACAGCACAUAUCAGUAUUUAACUUGUAUUUCAAGAAAGUGGCUAGUUUUGCCUUUCGUGAACCAUGUCUAAGAAAAGGUUAUUUUUAAUUAGGGACGUCUGCCUCACAUACGCUCCCCUUACAUGUGAACGUUUGAAUAGAAAGCCAUGAUGUUUGAAUUGGACGUUUAGCUACGGGUCAGAAGGAAAAAUUACAUUGUCAUGGUUUUAACCCUUUCAAAAUGCACUAAAAAAAAAAAAGCGGGUGUGCUUGCGCGUGUGUGUGUGUGCGUGCGUGGGUGCGCAAUUUUCAAUGAGGUUUUUCAAGAAUUCGACCCCCUCAUCGUGGAACAAGUGACUAGAGAAUCAGCGGUUACCGGGAGGCCAUUUUCACUUUGUUUUCUUCAAGAUUUCAACCCCCACAGUACGGAACAGACGACUGACGAAUCGGCGGUUACGGAGCUGCAGGCUUUUCGUCUCUUACCGCUCUUGCCGAAAGCAAGGUUUUUGAAGGGGGACACGGUAUCUGUUGUUGUUUACCAAAUCCUUGUGUAAAAGUCUUUCAAAUAUUUGUGAACUAUUCCUACUGUAUUUGCAAACAUUAUUUUCUUGUUAUCUGUCAAAAGCUGAUACCAUUGGACAGUAGUGACCCUUUAUGUUGAGUCUCUGUGGGGAGGGCAGUGCCAUUGAGCUUUGCUUUCCCCUCCCUCCCCCGCCCCCCACCCCUGUGAUUUUUAGAAGAGUUGAUAAUACUGCUGUGCUUGUGUACAAGACGAGACUGUGAAGCAGGUGAUCCUGUUUGAGGCUGGAGAAAAACUCUCUACAAACCGCGACCGAGAAAUGAAAGCACUUGACGGAAAUGUUGGGCGAAUCAGCUUGCAGGGGGGAGCGUGUUCCUCGCUCCCGAGGGACUUACUGCCCAUCGGUGUCACCCUGGGUAUCCCCCCCACGUCCAUUAGGAAUCGAAGCAUCCGACUCCCCGUCUCGACUCCGCCGCUCGUAUUCGUAACUGAAAAGAAUUAAAGGUGGAAGUUCCAAUUUUAUUUUUUUUCCUCUCCCCCGCC